UUUAUUUGGGGGGAGGCAAACGUCAAAAGAGAAAAAAAAAGAAAAUGUCGAAGCGAACGACUCCCAGUGUCGCAUAGCAGCAGCGGACGAAGUCCUCGGUGGGCACUGGGCAGGCAACUCGAUACCUCGGAGAAAGGGGCAUUCAGAGGACUUUUCUGCAUUUCAAGGCCAAUGCAGAGGCGAUCACAGCAACCGACGCCGAAAUCUAAAUCGCCAAACCAAAUGUCAGGCAAAAGGAAGCGCUCGCUAAGCCCUUCUAUCGUGAAUGAUAUGACUAAGGGCCCUUACUACAUUUUGCGUCGGGUCCUUGUUGGAGUUUGUUUUAUCCAAGUGAUCAUUACUGGCUUUCUGGCCAUUUGCAUCUUCAAUUCAGCCUUUUCAUCUGUGAGGGGCAUUGAAAGUUUACCUGAAGUGAAACCUAAAACAUCUACUGGAAAGCAGAAGAUCAAGGGACAUGGGGGUCAAGUCAUUGAUUUUGAUAUUGGAGAAAAUGAAGCCGCCAUAGUAUUAUCCCAACACGAGGUAAAGCCAAAUCGAUUAGAAGUCAAAUGGGAUGAAGGAGGCUCAAAUGGGGGUGGUGCUGUGACACUUCCUGUUGUUGAGAUGUGGAGUAAAGCAGCAAUAGGGACUUACCUCUGGCAGCAUAUCCUUGAAGGUGAGGAGAGUUUGGAUGAACUGAUUCCAGGGGCAACAGUUGGUGAACUUACAAUGCCAGCAUUUGUCUUGAGAUAUAGAUCAGGUCCUGGUAUUGUACCUGAGACAGUGCCACAUGAUGUAACUCACUUAGUGCUUGUGGUCAAUGGGCGCACAGAGGAAAAAAUUGGGCAUGCAAAAGUUUGGCUGGAUGAUUUAGUUACAUGGGAGAAACCUCCAGUGACAAUUUUACUUAUGGGAAAUGAAAAAUGUGAAAACCGUUGGAUUGAUAAAUAUAUGGCACCAAAAGGACCCGUAACAUCUGUUCUGCUUACUUAUGAUGACCCACGAGUGGACCAAGUAACCUUUCAUCAGUGGCCCCUAGGUGUAGCAACGUACAGACAGUUCCCUGUUAUUGAAGAAGAGAAGAUUUCACCUGAAGCUCCAAGGAAGUAUGUGUGUAAUCUACGUGCAACAUUGCAUCCCAAUUCAAGUAGGAUUGCACUCCACAAUUUCUUGAAGAAUGAUGACUUUGCUUCUGCCAGCUGUUUUAUAUCGGUUAGAGAAAACUGGCUGCCAAAUGAGACACCUGAAUCCAUGAAGGACUAUGUUGAAUCCCUUUUGCAGUCAGAUCUGACUCUGUGUCCAGCUGGUAUGAAUACCGAAACAUACAGGGUUUAUGAAGCACUAUCAGCUGGAAGCACACCUGUGAUAGAAGACAUAACAACUCCAGGAGGUUGUGAUGCCAAACCAUGGAGACUACUGAAAAAACACGGUCCACCAGUAAUCUGGGUUAAAUCCUGGGAACAGCUUCCAAAAAUUUUGGCCAAAGAAAAAAGAUACAGUAAACAAUACAAAGCUCUCCGGCGACUUCGUGUAUCCCAGUGGUACGAAUGGUUUAAACUGAAGAUGCGAGAUAGGUUUAUCUCAAUUGUAACUUCUUUGCUCUUGCGUCCUGCUUGAAGAAAAAGUUGUAUGGAUGUUUUAAGUAACCAACCACUGUGCAUGCAACACAUUGUUCUCCUGUCAAUCGAAGAUUCAAGAUUUCUUCAAGUGGAUAGAUGUUUUGCACUAUUUAUUCAGCAUUGUUCACCAGUUGUGUGUGUGAUUCAAGCAAUUAUGGCUUUUUAAUUCUCAUAAGGUUGACAUCAUUUGGUCUCUGCAGUACUGAAAGUCUUCACUGGUAAGUGCAGAGAAUUUUCAGUAUGAAUUAGUGUUGUGUAGAAAAGGUUCUUAAUUUUCAUCUAAAGUUUUGACUUUAGAAAUUUCAGCUUUUUAGUAAAGAAAGGUGCUAUAGCAGUUAAGUCAUGUGAAUACUCAUAAUAGUGAUGCUUUUAGAGUUGAGUUUUAUCUUAGGCUUUAUUUUUAUUGAGGUGUGUGUGUGGCAGAUGUUGGUUUUGGAAAAUUUGGCUGUUUAAUCUGGUAUGUACAUUUUGUAUAGUUUGAAAAAAGGAGCAAGACCAUAAACAAAGUAAAAAGGAUCAAAAUAAAAGGGGCUGGUCCAGCAACUGAAGCCCAGGUUUAGAAAUGGUUUAGUGGAGAUUUAAGUCCUGCUUUUGGUACUGAGAUAAGAGAUGCAUUAAAAUGCAUUGAAAUUGUGGAAAAAAUGUGGUGGUCAUUAAAAAUCAGAAAAGAAUGAAAUUUGAAAAAUUAUGAGUUCUUAAUAGAAUCCCAUAAGAUGAUUACUUUGUAUUUUCUUUAUUUUCUUAGUGGUGUUGUUGGUUAAACAGUAUGCAGUAUUUUUACAUAGUAAUUCCAGAACUGAGGUAGUUGAUUUCACAAAAACUUUGUCCUCCCAGAAAGUAUAAUUUUGUGAACCAUAAUAAUGAGCUAGAGCAGGCUCACUACGUACUUAAUGUCAAGGUCAUUUUUCAUCUUAAGUCAGCCUGUUUUCUAAAGUUGACUGAUGAUGAGGCUGUUGGUACCAUAGACAUAAGGGAAGAGAUUAGACAGUUGCGUGACUGUCGCUUGCAAGUAAGGCGCCAUUGCUCGUGUUGAUUCCCAGGUAUGGCAGCAGCAACAGAGCUACCUCUGGCACCCAUUGCUGUUUCAUCAACUGUAUUUCAUGUAGGAACAGGAUAAAAAAAGAAGAGGGGAUCACGUUUCACAAGUAAGAGAUGUAUUUUCAUUCAUGAAAAUCUUUAUAACUGUGUUGAACCAACCUCAAGUAAACAUGUGUUAGAUCAUAGUCAACUUGCAGUCAACUACACACCUGCUUUUUGAGCUAAUAAAAUAAUGAAUGUUGUAAUAAGCUUUGCAUUAAAGCCUAUUUAACAUUAAAUUCAUAUAGCCUAAUAAAUUAGCACAUGUUAAGCCUGACAAUUUUCCUUAUCACUAGGCCUGCUGCAGUUUUAAGUGUUAAUAAAGUGUUAUAAUGCUAAUAAAGUGUUACUAUGUUAUCAAUAAGUUCUCAAACCACCUUGUAUGGAGAGGACUCAGCUGAAUUUGAUCUGCCAGAACACUUGAAGGUAGCAUUUUUCAAUUAUACCAUUACCAUUUUUUACUUCAAAUUCAUACUAUGUACAUUAUAGUUUUUAAAGUAAACUUUACCUACAAGGUAGUCUACUAGGGUUGAUCAUCAAAUAACCAAGGGUAGCCUAUCACAGCCUAACCUUAGCAAAGGGAGCUUAACUUGGCAUAACCUUCAGGAAUGCUGAUUUUUCUUUUUGUCCCUCUCACAGGCUAUGAAAUACAGCUCAAGUCUUGUCUAGCUGUGAAAAUCUAACUAUGUUAUUCUUAUGUUAUUUCUUGAAGUGAUUAGUGCACAAUUCAUGACAAUAGUAGGUAUGUAUAGUUAAAAGCUGUGAAGGUUAUGCCAAGUUAAGCUACCUUUGCUAAGGUUAGGUUAUGUUAGGCUACCCUUGGACUCUUAUAUGAGAUGACAGCACUGGAGAUGGACAAUUAUUUUAGCAUACUGUUGUCAAAUUUUACUGCAUGUCAUUUUGACCCAUGAAUAAAGAAUGAUAAUGGUAAUUAGUUCUGCCUCUAAGAGUAAAAUUGUAAAUUAUGGAGGAAAGAAUGGCACAUAACAUUGGCAAAUUGGUAAACUUUAUUGGUCAAGUUUAUAAAAGCUACAGCAGCCAGAGUAAAUAUUUUUUAUUUCCUGGUGAAUGCUGCAAAGAUCUUUUUACCAAUCUUUAAAGACUGCUAAGAAAAUUGGCUGUCAGUGCAGCAUGAUAAUAAAGUUGUAACAUUGCCAUAUCUGCAAAACUUGAUGCUUAACUGUAGAAAAAAAUAUACUAGUAAAAUUAAAUAUUUUUAUUUCUGCAUACAGUACAUAUUGUAUUUAGUAAAUGGUACAUAAAUCAUUUGACAGUCUGGAAGGACAGCCGAGAAAACAUGUUUUAAAUAAAGAGUACAGGGUUUCAUAAUUAAAUUGCAUGAGUUGGAUCAUUGUUUACAUAAGAAUCAACCCAUAGCAAUGGUGCCAGGCAGUGCAUGUCACAAACUGUUUGGCUAUCGCAGGCUGUCCCAGUCUCUCCCUUUAUAUCUGUGGUUGGUACUUUGACUUUACUCCAUUUUUGUAUUUUCGUUAAGCCAUCUGUGCUACCAAGGGUAAAGCUAAUAACGUGGCAGUAAGUCAUAAAAUCCUUUAGUAGAUUUUAGGGUUAAAGGAAGGCCCUCAUUUGUGCUCACUUCGUGCAUCUCAUAUACUUUGUAAAACCUUGAGUGGUGAGUUAGCCAAGCAUAAGACACCGGAAGUGAGGUGAGAAGCAUACUGUAAGCUUGACAUUUCAUUCUCUGAACGAGAAUCGCCUUACCAGAGAAUAAAUGAAAUAGAAGUGGAAUAUUUGGUUGGAAGAAAAGCUUAAAAUUCACCAUCCAAUAGAGAUGCAAUUUUACAUAAAGAAAAAAAAUAUUUGAGAGGUAUGUCAGUGUAUGUAGCAUUUGUAACCAGAAGGAAACUGACUCAAGUACUAUUAUACUUAGUAUAUUUAUGAAUUCAAUGGUACCCUCAGAUAUUGUCAUCCAUGAUGAAAGUUCCAAGUGGUCAGUUAUUACCUAGGUUUUUCUCAAGACUUAGCCAUCUUUUAACAGUCAAGUAAUUUUCUAAAAAAAAUUUAUGUAAUCAGCGUGCCUCUGUGUUACCUCCACAUCACCAUUCAUUAAGUUGUCUCUAUUGCCACAAUGUUUGUAGUCAAAUGAGGUCACGUUUGAUGAGUUUCCAUUAGGUUGGUCAAGGAUAAUAUUUUAGUGUUACCAGUAGCUCUACCUUUUUAAUGAGUAAUGUUCAUAUUAUAAUACUGUACACAUUAGUGCUUUGACAGUAGAUUUAUUGUACAUAUGAACAUCUUAUUUUAAGUAUUUUUGAGUUAUACAUAUAUACUUCAGCUUGUAUUUACAUAUGAUCACAGACUUCAGCUUGUAUUUACAUAUGAUCACAGGCUAAUAUGUUGGUAAUUCUCUCUAAUGGGAGUGUGAUUUGACAUAUUUUUUUUACAUGUAUAAAAGGAAGGCAGAUACAAAGAGAAAUCAAGCUCUUGUUAAUGUUGCUUGCCUCAUGAGCAAGGUAAAUUUCGAUUGAAGUUCGUUAUAUUCUUUGAGAUGAUAAAGUUGUUUUAACUAUGAGAAUUUUGAGAGCAAGAUUUAUACCAAAGAAUCUAGUAGACCAAAUAUAACUUUUUAUGAAAGGAGAGUCUUAUCUAGAGCUAAUCAUAUAUGGUUAUAAGCACAGUUUUCUGUUAUGUGUACUUAUGCCAGGUAUAUCAUAGAGGAAUGUAUAAUUUUUUCCUUGAAAGAUUUUAAGUCUGCUGGGUGGUGAUACUGUAUGUAGUUUCCAACUUUAUUCUAGUGGAUUACAGGAUUUGCAGUUGUUAAAUGUAAUUUUUUUGCCAGAAUAUUUUAUGCAAGAGUUAUAAGCUAAUUUAUUAUUUGCUUAAUAUAUUAUGCAUUAUUAAAUAAGAAAGUUUGAAUAUGUUUUUGUUAAUUUUAGGUAAUUAAUAACAUCUAGAAGGUGAUAAUAUUUUUAUUCUUAAUUUUUUAAUAGUCAAAUUUCUAUUUUUUUACUUCUUUUCUCAGAUUGUUUAGUUCCUAGAUAUUCUAGCAGAAUUGAAAUUUGGAUGUACUUGAUAUAUUUUUAAAACCAUUGUUGAUGCCAGUUAUUUUUAUAGUUAAGUUUGUAAAGAAGCUUAUGCAUAAGGUUCAAGAUUUUUAAAUAUAGAAAAUGUAAGACUUGCUUAGA